AUGUGGCCCUCAACUGCAGACUGCCGGGAGAUCGUCGAUCCCAAGGGGAGCCUCUUGAGCGCUCGCACCUCCGCUUUAUUAAAAGGCAUGCGGGAGCUGGAGGGCUUGGGGCCCCCUGAUCUCUGCUGCAUUUAUAAAAUACCCCAAGCCUGGAGGCUGUCUCAGCUAUUUUCUCAGGCAGACUCCGCUGUUGAAGAUAGCGAAGAAGUAUCAUUCUGCCACUUCGUAGUGGGGAUCGACGUCUCCCAGCCUGCGCCUGUAGCUGCUUAUCUCUGUCAGUUGCUGCGUAGCCAGGAGCAGCCGACUGGAUGGUUUCGGCGAGGCUGGAAGGUAACGCGGUGUAUCUACUGUACGUAUAAUGCGCUGCAUCAGCAAGACCUCCGUAUUGAGCUGUCUUGUCGAGGGUGGGCGCCUUGGAAGCUACAAGUGAAGCUGCUGCAUGCAACAGGAGAAGAAGAAGGAGAUAUUCAUGUGUCUGCUGCUGCUUGGGGUGCUGCUGCACUAUGCGCUCUGCUGCGGACGCAGCUGCCUCCACAUGUCCCUUGUCUCCGGUUGGUGAGGGGCCCCCUGGGGGCCCCCAAUCCUUCUGGAGGGUUUGAUGCUUCUCGUGCAGUCUUCUUAGACCUUUUUGAAAAGCAUGCAGCAGAAGGAGACCUAUUGGGGCUGCUACCUUCUACUGGGAGGGGGACAAAUGCUUUGUGUGAAGUAUUAGCUGGGCUUCUGCUGCAGUCUCCUAGCUUGCUGCCUUGUGUAGAGACACUUGCUUCUUUUCAGGGUAGCUGCCCUCUAAUGGGGCUGCAUAUAUCUCGUGCAUAUGCUCGCCGAGGGCUCUUAGGGGCCUCUCUAUCUUCGUUGCUGAGGUGCCUCCUUGUCUACCCUGAGGAGGCUUGUUUGCUGCGUCAGCUGGCGGAGCUGCUUCUACGAGGAGGGUUGCUGCAGCAAGCUCUUCGUGCUGCAGCAUUUGCUGUUGAGCUCUGCCCCACAGUCCCCCGCUAUUGGCUGUCUCUAUCUCGUAUGGAGAUUGCAUGCGGGCGCUGGGCUGCUGCUUUACUCGCCCUUAAUGCUGCACCUGAGGUGUCUGUCUCCUUUCCUUGCUACCCCCACGGAUUGCCUAGGGAGCUGCAUAAGCUGCAGCAAACAGAUCCCCAAAGAAAGGGUCAGGGGUUCUUCUCUGCUCUCUGGCUGUCUCCUGUGCGCCCUCUGUUAUUACCCUUCGCCCCACAACGUGCUGCAGCACCAAACCUGCACACGCAGGGAGCUGCUGCUACUGUAGCAGCAGCAGCAAAAGCAGCAGCGCUGUUGCGCUCCCCCAGGCAUGGAGACACACAAAAUAACUCGUACACUUCCCGGUCCUCUGUAGACAUACCCUCGGAUGCCUCAAGACAUACUAACGCAGCAGGAAGCAACAGCCCUAGCAACAGCAGCAGCAGCAACAGUAGCAGCAGUCUGUCGGGAGGCUGGGGCGAAGCUGGGACAGCAUCAGCAGCAGCAGCAGCAGCAGCAGCAGGCCAGGGGCCUUCGCUUACCCAGCCGCUGGAGCACAGAGGUUUUGGUGUCUCCUUUGGGGUUGCAAAGGGCCUGGAAGAAGCUGCUGCAGUUUCGGCGCAUGCAGCGUUGUUGUGGGGCGAGCAGAAGCCCCAAGGGCCCCGAGCGCAUGCAGAGGGGGCCCCACCGCCUUGCAUGCGUUCGCAAAGGGGGGGCCCCACACCCAAUCUUAUGCAUGCACUUGCUGCUGCUUCUGCUGCUUCUCCUGAUCUCUACGAACAGAGACGGUAUCAAGUACUUGUUGCUCUUUAUAAACGGCUGGGCCUCAAAGGCCUCACCACCCUCCAGCAAACUUUAUUCUUGCACCAGCGCAUCCCGCAAACACACACUGCAGCGGCGCAGCAGCAGCAGCAGCAGCAGCAACAGCAGCAACAGCAGCAACAGCAGCAACAGCAGCAACAGCAGCAGUGGGUCCACCAGCAGAUCCAGAGUCAGCAGCAACAUCAGCUCCAGCAGACGCUGCAAGAGGGGGAGAAAGAGCACCAGCAGCAGCAGCUUCAGCAGCAGCUGCAAGAGGAGCAACAGCAGCUCCAGCAACAGCAACUCCAGCAGCAGCUGCAAGAGGAGCAGCAGCAGUUCCAGCAGCAGCAGCUCCAGCAGCAGCUGGAAGAGGAGCAGCAGCAGCUCCAGCAGCAGCAGUUCCAGCAGCAGCUGGAAGAGGAGCAGCAGCAGCUCCUGCAGCAGCUGCAAGAGCAGCAGCACCAGCUCCAGCAGCAGCAGCCGCUGCAAGAGCAGCAGGGGCAGCAGCUCCAGCAGCCGCUGCAAGAACAGCAGCAGUUGCCUUGCGCUGAACGGAAGCCUGCUGCUGCAGGAGACAGCAGCAGCAGCAGCGCAGCAGCAGGCGAGGCCGGGCCUUGUAAAGGGGGCAUUCUCUUGAACAGCAAAGCUGCACAUACACCCCAAAGCUCCAUGUACACCUCAGGCCUUCCGCUGUAUGUGUUGCCUCCAGAGUCUCCUGCCUAUUGCAGCAGCAGCAAGAAAAGGGAAACGCGGCAGCAACAGCAGCAAGUAGAGACCCAGCCAAAAACGCAGCAGCAGCAGCAUCCGCAGGAGGAGACUGUCUCCUUACCUCUCCAGUGCGUUUCUCCGUCUGAGACAGAAGCAGCAGCUACUGAUUCUGCAACUGGUGCUGCAGCAGCUGCUGCUGAUGCUGGUGCUGCGGAGCAGCUGGACAGCCCCACACAGCAGCAGCACAGACCCCAAAGCCCCACAGCGCAGCCAAAAGGAGACACCGGAGAGACGCCGCAGUCAGCAGCAGACGGCUGUACACACGGAGACAGGCAGGAGACCCCUAUGACCACAGGGGACCUGCAGCAGCAGCAGUUGCAGCAGGAGCAGCAGCAGGAGCCUCACCAGAACGUGCAGCAGCAGCACAAGCAGCAGAUGCACCAACAGGAGCAGCAGCAGCAGAUGCAGCAGCAGCAGAGGAAUCAGCAAGGGGAGCAGCAGGAGCAGCCUGUACAGCAGCAGGAGAUGCAGCAGGUUUUGCAGCAUCAGCAGCAGCAGAUGCAGCAGCAGCAUGCACAGGAGGAGACACUUCCGGGCCUUGCGGAUUCACCUGGGGCCCCAUGGGGCCCCUGCAGCGGAGGAGACUGCAGCAUAAAGACUUCGAUGAAUGGGGUGUCUCCAUCUGAUGGCUGCGCUUCUCGCCGUCCUCUGUCUCCUUCGCUUGCUGCGCGCCUGGCGGUGAGCCUCUUGUUGCUGCAGCUGCAGCAGCUGCAACAGCAGCAGCUGCAACAGCAGCAGCUGCAACAGCAGCAGCAACUGUUGCAGAAAGACAAAGGUGCAGUGUAG